GUAGGUCAGGCAGGCAUUGUGAAGUCAGGCUCUGUCUUGAGAGGCUGUGAGCAUGGAUACUUAGAGGAACAUCGAAAUUUGGGGUGUAAAGUGGACCAAAAGUUGUGUAUCGUGGCUGAAGACUGUUUUAUUGUGUGACAAACCUGUCUGGAGUUUUGUACCACAGAUUCAGCUUUCGUUUCAGUGCCAUGCAGUAAAACAUAAAGAUGGCUGCCCAGAGUCAUUCAGGGUCAGAACCUUGUCUCCAUGACGAUGACCUCUCAAGCCACCCAAGUCAGGAUGACAUAUACAGUCCCCUGUCCAACUAUUCCACAUAUUCGCACGAGGUCAAGUACAUAUUUGAACCAAUACCAGACGACAGUGGAGAGUCUGACUACACCAUCAUCCCACCCAGAAACAAGUCGGCAUCGCAGCAACAACUCAUGACGCAGUCCAUGUCGCACCUGUCACAGCACUCGACACCGCGGACAUUAUCAUCGCAGCAGCGCACGUCAUCGUCAUCUCAGUUGUAUCGGAGGACGUACAGCACGUCUUCCUGCCAUUCUGAUCAUUCCAAUAAAGAAAACAGUGCCCCGUUGGACGUCAGCCAUUCCAUGUACCCAUACCCUUACAACCUUGAAGAUGUUCGGAGAAAAACUUGGUCCCCCCUAGCGCUCAAGUACACCAUCGCUAGCGGGAUGCAAUCCAUGCGUAGUUGCCAUAGCAACACAAAUUUGGAAGUUGAUAUGCAGUUGGACAAUAUUUACGAAGACUGCGACCGAGGACCACCGAAACUUGCACCACUAAGUGGAGUGUUUCAUUCACCACUGAAUGUGGGCCGAAGCAUUGUGCGACCAAUCGCUUUUAAGCCUGUGAACAGUGCGAAGCAGAUUAGUCCGCCCCAAGGAGCAAAGAGACGACUAUCCAAUCAGGAUGAAGGGUAUGGGUCACAUGACUAUAAUCACAUGACUGGCAGUAUGACAAGUAGCAAGACCAUGAACUCCUCGCAUAGUUCUCAUCAUGAUGGCAGUGAGAGGUCCACGAGUUUCUCAAGCGACUUCUCGCGACCUCUCGACAGACCCGAGUCGCUGCCAUCGCUUAAUGUCAGCCGUGUGUCUUCAAAUAACAUGGAGGUAUUUCCUGUCCAGACACCUUCUCCAAGUGACAGUGGAGUUGGUGAACUGGAAGCUAUGUUGAAAGAAAAGGAUGCGGAGUUGAAUACAUUGCGCGAUGUCAUGGACAGAAACGAAAGAGCAAUAUUUCAAGUCUAUGAGGAAAAGAAAUCUGGGUGGCUGAAAGAUAUGCGUGAAUUGCGAGAGGAGUAUGAACGUAAAUUCAAAAUUCAGCAGCGUAAGAAUUACAAAACGGAACAGGUGUUAUCGCUGCAGGUUUAUAAACUUCAACAAGAGAAGAAAGCUUUGAAGGAUGAAUAUGAUAAACAGUACCUGGAGAAAGAUAUUCUUCGAAAAGAAUGCAGCUCUUAUCAAGACGAAGUCCGAGAUAUGAAACUGAGGCUGGGAUGUCUACAACACAAUGGACAUCCUACAACAGAAAUUAACGAAACUUCCGAACUGCGUCAACAAGUUCGGGAUUUGAACCAGGAAGUGACUCAAAAGAGCCGUGAGGUGAUUACCCUAAGAACUCAACUCCACUCUCACGAGUCGGAAAUGGAUAAGAAGAAUAAAGAAUUAUCGGAAAAGUUCCGAGAAAUACUCUCAAAGACAGAAGAGUUAAAAUCUCUGAAAAACGAACUCGGAAAGUUAUCGACCGAAGAGCCAGAAUUUUGUGAUGCAGGUGUGCAAUCUGAUUUGGACGACACAAUGUGUGACACAGAGCCGGAAUUGCUCAAACCUUCCAUCGUUUCCGCCAGAGACAGGCAAAUAGCGGAACUGAAAGACGAGGUGGAUAGGUUACGAGACGAAAUCCUCGUACACCGUGCAAAUUUCGAAAAGGACAGAGAAACAUGGUUGGAUGAGAAGAACAAGGUGAUUCGCUACCAGAAACAAUUACAGCUCAACUAUGUACAGAUGUACCGGAAAAACCGAACAUUGGAAGCUGAAGUUGAACAGCUAACUCUAGAACUCGAAAGUCGAGAUUUAAAACUAAUGGCAAUGAACGGUGAAGAAUCUGUGUGUUGAAGCGUUGGUGCGCUUUUUGUAUGUUGAAGUCUAUGGGUGCUAUGUGAAUUCGCCCUCGUCGAAUGUGCCAAAGUGAAUUUAUAGAUGAUUGCUGAUGCAUUUAUGUGAAUGACGUUAAGUGAACUGUGUGCGGAAUAUUCACAAUCUGGAUUUAAGCAGUUUGGGCAAAAUUUGAAAAUAGGUCAUAUUGUACAGACAACUACUUUCAUUUCAGAGAGAAAAUUGGAUGAAAAAAUAACAUUGUUUGCAAAGAGUGUAGAAAUGUGCCUUUUCUCAUUGUCCUCAUCCAACCAUUGUCUAUUUCAAAGGAACUGCCACAAACAUGUGACAUUUUAGAUUUGUGCAAGAUUGGCUACCGGUAUAUAUAUACAUAUGUAUGUGGUGCUCACAUCUCAUACUGCUGGCAUACAACUUGUAUUAACAUUUCCACAUGUAUGAUAAUUACCCCACAUGAUUCCUAGUGUAUUGAUGAAACAUAUUAGUUGAUUUUAAUGUAUUUUAAUCAAGAUUUGAAAUGUAAUUGAUGGUGAUGUCAGUGGACAACAAUCUAUGAAUUCAUACUUUUUGUUAUGUGACGUUUGGGAGAUUGCCUCAGUAGAAUCUACUUGGUAGUAAAUAUAUACUCAGGUAAUUUACAAAAAUUAAACGCUGAUAUAUUUCUUUUUGCUAAAUUUCUAUGUACCUUUCCAAUUUGAAUUUCUUUUUAAGAUUCUGUAUCACUUUCAAAGUAUUUCCAUUGAUAAGCUAUUUUCCCAGUUGUCAAGGUGGUUAAAAUGUUUUCCAGUACGCUAAAUUUGAAUCUCUCAAUGAAAAUGUACAUUUGGUUUCUGAAAGAAGCAAGUAUAUUAUUUCAAAAUGAAAAUUGCUUGCACAUUUCGACUUGAUCUUAAAUAAUUGUUAUAUUUUCAUAUCUUAUCCAUGGCUUUUUAGUGCUCUUUUUAAAUGUGUUAAUGAAUCUUGAAAAAGUGCCCAGGUUCAUAGAACUUAAUAUGUAAAGUAACAGAUUUCAAAAACUUAAAAAAUAUAUAUAGGUGUUACUUGAUAUAUUUGGUGAUUUUCACCAUAUUUGUAUUUUGUCAGUUUUCUUUGAUAAUUAUUUCGAUAGGGUUUAUAAUUGUCUUUUUCCUUAAGAAGGAUUUUAGUCUUUGUUUGUUAUAAUUACCUACAUUGCUUUUUAUUAUAUAAAUGGCAUUUGUUUUACAAUUAAAAAUCAAAAAGAAAGAUUUUAGUAGUUAUGCUGUUGUGUCCAUUGUGUCCUUCACAACAAUGGCAACAGGUCUUGUCCUUUGGAGAUUUGUUACUUUGGCCAAAUUAUUGUUUAUAUAUUACAAAAAAUAUUAUCAGUUAUUUAAACUAACAGUAAGUGUGUUAAAAUAUUAAUAAAAUCAUAGAUUUGUAUUGAGGCAUUUUGAAAUACAUCUUGUCACGAAAUGUUGAUUUCGUAAUUGACGAUGUUGAUUUCAUGAAAUGAAUCAGCUUUGAAAUGACCAGUAAUGUGUACUGUGAAGUCAUUCUGUCACAUUACCUUGUGAUUAACUAUGGCCUGGACUGAAAACAUUAGGCAUGUCUGGUUUGGAUUUUCAAAUUUAUAUACUCAACAAAAGGAGUUAAGGACCACCCCAAUAUUCAGCAUUUAAGUAUUGUAUGGAUAAUAAUAUGAACUAUUAAAUGCUUAAAUAUUGAAAAUUGGGGUGGUCCUUUACCUUUUUUUGUUGACUAUACAUGUAUAUGUAUUUGUGGAAACUUGAUUGUUUUGAUCAGAUUUAUUAAUGAAAAAUUCUAAAUUUGUUUGGAUGUCUCACAAUUUUGCUAGAAAUGGGGAAUUUUCAAACCACUGAAUGUUCCUUCAUUUAGAUAUGCUAUAGUUAUAAAAAUAUAAAAAUCACAAUUAAAUGUCAAUAGAUUUAACCUUUAUCCAUAUCUAUUCAACUAACAGUAGAUUCCCUGCUUGCUUGUUGCUGAACUAACAGGGACAUUAAGGGGAGUUUCCACCGAAAUUGAGUGCAAUUGACGCUAAUCUAUUUCUAGAACACGUGGACCAGACAUGCGUAAUGUUGGAUUUGUGCCUUAGCAUCUGUGUGGUGAAUGCAGAUGUCGCCUGUAAUGGCUGUGUAUAGUGUAUUGAUAUUCAACAACAGCGGUUAGUAUCACAAUGUAAUGUACGUUGCAUUUCCCAAAGAAAUACUAGUCAGAUAUGUACAGUUUCAUACACAAAAUAAAAUAGAUUUAUGAUCUAA